AAAUUGACUGAAAUGGAGAAACUUCACCUGGAAGAGAAGGCAUCACUGGAAGAGAACCAAACCUGCACAAACCCAGGCGGCCAUGAUGAUAAAGCCUCAGUUGGUCCCAGCGAUGGACAGCAGGUUCAGCCCACCCAGAGGCUGCAGAACAAACACCGUUGUGACAAGUGUCUGAAAUAUUUCAGAAGGAAGAUGUAUCUGAAAAUUCAUCAACGCAUUCACACUGGAGAGAAGCCUUAUAGCUGCAGUCAGUGUGAGAAGAGAUUCAGAUUUGCUUCAGGACUGAAGACUCAUCAGCGACUCCACACUGGAGAGAAGCGCUAUCUCUGUGACCAGUGUGGAAAGGCUUUUAUUCAGAAGGUUAGUUUUAACACUCAUCAGCGAAUCCACACUGGUGAAAAGCCUUAUAGAUGUGACCAGUGUGGAAAGGCUUUUAUCCAGAAGGGUAAUUUUAACCGCCAUCAGCGAAUCCACACUGGUGAAAAGCCUUAUAGCUGCAGUCAGUGUGAGAAGAGAUUCAAAGAUCUGUCAGUGCUGAAGCAUCAUCAGAAAAUCCACAUUGGAGAAAAGCUUUAUAGAUGUGACCAGUGUGAGAAGACAUUCAAAAAUUCCUCAGGGUUGACGUAUCAUAUGCAUAUCCACACUGGUGAAAAGCCGUAUAGAUGUGAUCAGUGUGAGAAGACAUUCAUAUGUUCCUCAAGUCUGAAGCGUCAUCAGCGAAUCCACACUGGUGAAAAGCCUUAUAGCUGCAGUCAGUGUCAGAGGAGAUUCAAAGGUCUGUCAACGCUGAAGCAUCAUCAGAAAAUCCACACUGGAGAAAAGCCGUAUAGAUGUGACCAGUGUGAGAAGACAUUCAAAGAUUCCUCAGUGCUGAAGCAUCAUCAGAAAAUCCACACUGGUGAAAAGCCUUUCAGAUGUGAUCAGUGUAAGAAGACAUUCAAACGUUCCUCAAGUCUGAAGAGUCAUCAGCGAAUCCACACUGGUGAAAAGCCUUAUAGCUGCAGUCAGUGUGAGAAGAGAUUCAAAGAUCUGUCAGUGCUGAAGCAUCAUCAGAAAAUCCACACUGGAGAAAAGCUUUAUAGAUGUGACCAGUGUGAGAAGACAUUCAAAAAUUCCUCAGGGUUGACGUAUCAUAAGCAUAUCCACACUGGUGAAAAGCCGUAUAGAUGUGAUCAGUGUGAGAAGACAUUCAUAUGUUCCUCAAGUCUGAAGCAUCAUCAGCGAAUCCACACUGGUGAAAAGCCUUAUAGCUGCAGUCAGUGUCAGAGGAGAUUCAAAGAUCUGUCAACGCUGAAGCAUCAUCAGAAAAUCCACACUGGAGAAAAGCCGUAUAGAUGUGACCAGUGUGAGAAGACAUUCAUUUGUUCCUCAAGUCUGAAGAGUCAUCAGCGAAUCCACACUGGUGAAAAGCGCUAUCUCUGUGACCUGUGUGGAAAGGCUUUCUUUCAGAAGGGUAAUUUUAACAGCCACCAGCGAAUCCACACAGGAGAAAAGCCUGAUAUGACAGCAGCAACAUCUGGAAUGUGAGGGAACUU